UUGCCCCUAUAUUUCCCUACUCUCGCGAAUUAAUUUGUUUGUGUUCUCGUAAACGUCCGCGUCGUCACGUCGCUAAACAGCAACAACACACAAGCACAAACAACGAAGAUAUCAACGACGCAGUUGUGAUUUGGAAAUGUUAUUGCUCCAGUAAAGUGCAACCACAAGCGGAAAAACUAACAACUAACAACAAAACAUGGAGUCCUUGCAACACCUGCUGCUGCUGACGUCUCUACUCCUGGUGGCCGGCGGCGGCAUUGGCUUCAUCCCCCAAGUGGUGGGGGCUGAUCAGGAGGAGGUCAGCAUUGUCCACUACCAGCCGGAGCAAGUGCAUCUGGCCUUUGGCGAGCGCACCGCAAGCGAGAUGGUUGUCACCUGGUCAACGCGCAGCUUGCCGCCGGAUACGGCCAGCGUUGUCGAGUACGGACUGAUAGUGGCCGGACAGGCACCCUCCAGGCUCAAUCAGCGUGCCCAAGGCACGGCCACCAGGUUCGUGGAUGGCGGCCGUAAGCACUCCACGCAGUUUAUCCACAGGGUGACGCUUAGCCAGCUGGAGGCGAACUCCUCCUAUGCCUAUCACUGCGGCAGCGCCCUCGGCUGGUCGGCCGUCUAUCAGUUUCGAACGGUACCCGACGCCGACGCGGACUGGUCGCCCUCGCUGGCCAUCUACGGGGACAUGGGAAACGAGAAUGCCCAGUCGCUGGCCCGUCUGCAGCAGGAGACGCAGCAGGGAAUGUACGAUGCCAUCAUUCAUGUGGGUGACUUUGCCUACGACAUGAACACGAAGGAGGCGCGCGUCGGGGAUGAGUUUAUGCGGCAGAUCGAGACAGUGGCCGCCUACCUACCUUACAUGGUGGUGCCGGGCAACCACGAAGAAAAGUUCAAUUUCUCCAACUAUCGAGCCCGAUUCAGCAUGCCGGGUGGGACGGAGAACAUGUUCUACAGUUUCGAUCUGGGGCCCGUGCACUUCAUCGGCAUCUCGACGGAGGUCUACUACUUUAUGAAUUACGGCGUCAAGAGCCUGGUCUUUCAGUACGAAUGGCUAAGGAGGGACCUGGAGCAGGCCAAUCUGCCUGAGAAUCGCUCGAAGCGUCCGUGGAUCAUCAUCUAUGGCCAUCGGCCCAUGUACUGCAGCAACGAAAACGACAACGACUGCACCCACUCGGAGACCCUCACCAGAGUUGGCUGGCCCUUUGUCCACAUGUUCGGACUGGAGCCGCUCCUCUAUGAAUUUGGCGUGGAUGUUGCCAUCUGGGCCCACGAGCAUUCGUACGAGCGUCUGUGGCCCAUUUACGAUUACGAGGUGCGCAAUGGAACGCUCCAGGGCUCGCCCUACGAGAAUCCCGGUGCGCCGGUCCAUAUUGUGACGGGUUCGGCCGGGUGCAAUGAGGGACGUGAGCCGUUCAAGGGUAAAAUACCCGAAUGGAGUGCCUUCCACAGCCAGGACUAUGGCUAUACCCGCCUCAAGGCCCACAAUCGCACCCACUUGCACUUCGAGCAGGUCUCCGACGACCAGAACGGAGCCAUCAUAGAUCAAUUCUGGCUAAUCAAAUCUCAUCACGGCAGCUAUCAGAAUCAGAACUGAGGCCCAGGCCAAACCAAGCUGAACGAGUCUCGGUCAAUCGGCAACCGGUAAAAACCGGAGCACCUGUAGCCACUGCAGGAACUGUAGAAUUACUGGCAGUAUUAGUAGCGCACAUUCUCGAUCACCACUUAGGAAUUAGCUUUAGCAGACAGCGGUAACAUUCCCCAGUCGAGCCCAGAACAAACAGCAAACUGUAUUUUAAUUAGACAAUUCAAUGGUUCAGCCAUUUAUGUGGAUACUACUUUUGCAAGUGCAUUUAAUGUUAAUACACAUAUAAGAAUACAAACAUAUAUUGUAAGAGCCCCGAUACCCGCAUUGAAAUCGGAACAAGAGGUGGAGGGAUCUAUUUUGUAUAUUUCUAUGUACUUUGUGAGCGCCAGCAGCUUUGUAUUUUCAAUGUCCGUUUGGUCUGUAUGGCAGGAAAGGCAUUUAUGUACCCCUAUGUAUAUAUGUAUGUCUGCAUAUCCGUAUCUUAUAGAACAACGUUGGGCAGGCUUCUUGAAAGCCAUUGAAAGCGAUUUUUUGGCAAUGAAAUAUUUCGUUGCCUCGUUGCGAGCCUUUUAUGAUAGAUAUUUUUUACGAGACGAUUUUAAGGCCACAUAUUCACUCGUUCUUCGUGUAGUCGUUCGCUAAACGCUCUUUUCUGAAUCUUUUUGUACUCGUUUCCAAAUCCGUUUUACGAUUAUUUUGUUUUUCUGUCGUGUAAUGGAUACUUUUACUUACAAAACGCUCGUUUUUAAGAGAUAAAUAUUCAAUAAUG